AUGUCGACCGACGAGCAGCAGGCGACGCGACCUCCGGGAGCGUUUCCCUCUGACCAAUCUUUCGGAGAAUUUGAGGACAUUAGCCAGCCGGGACUUGAUCUGCAGUCCCUGACUCGUGCUAUGAAGUCGAGGAAGGCCGACUACAUACGCCGACAAUCUGUGUCGGUGAAAGUCGGUACAUGGAAUGUAGCCGCGAUCCCAGGCACCGAGAACGAUAUCGGAAGAUGGUUCGUGCAGGGAGAAGGCGCGAGCGAGGCAUUCUCCGGCUUCAAAGACCCUCAAUCUCGCGGCCACAUUGUCACGGGCCAGUCGACAUCAAAACUGGACAGCGAACACCAAAAAGGCAGCGAAGGUACCAAGACAGCCUCUGAGCCCGGUCCAGAAGCAGUCGAUCUAUAUGUCCUUGGCCUUCAAGAAAUUGUCGAUAUCUCUUCUCCCGCCGAAGCCCUGCGGCCGUAUACCGAUCAAGGGCCUGCAAGACGGUGGAAGGAAGCUGUGCGCCAAGCGUUACCAGCCGGAUAUGAGUUAGUGUCCGAAGUUCAGCUUCUAGGCUUGUAUCUCACGAUAUACACAUCGCCUGAAAUACGCGAUAGCAUAUCGUCCGUCAGCAGUACCUCGGUUGGCACAGGGCUGAUGGGAUACAUGGGCAACAAAGGUGCCGUUGCAACUCGAAUAGUCAUUGGGGAAACCACUCGUUUGGUCUUUGUCAAUUGCCAUCUUGCUGCAGGAUCAGACAAAGGCAGUCUUGAGAGACGCAAUUGGGAUGCUGCACAGAUCAUCCAGCGCACAAAAUUCGAGCUCGUUGAAUCAGAGGAUGGACAAAAGGAGCGUCAAAGCGAGAACAUUGGCGAGGAGGACUUUGCGUUCUGGUUUGGUGACUUGAAUUAUCGACUUGAUGAUAUUCCAGGGGACGACGUGCGGCAAGUUUUGGCUCGUCAUGCAGAAAACGCAUACGACUCUGCUUUACAGAGCAAGCUUUCCAGGUCAAACAGCCGCCGGAAUUCACAUGCCUCUGAUUCAGCUGCCGAUUCACAAUCUUCACCCUCAUCGGUCGCCGGGGAAGAUGAAAAUCCAGACCCAGUAGCUGAUGAGGACAUUGAUCCUCACAAUGACCCCGCAUCGCUUCAGACCACUAUCUCAUCCCUCAUGACACAUGAUCAAUUACGUACGCAACAGAGGAAGGGAACCGCUUUUCACAAGGGCUGGCGGGAGGGUGAGAUUACUUUUUUGCCGACCUAUAAAUAUGACGUGGGAAGUGUGGCCAGGUUCGAUUCAAGCGAGAAACAUCGUGGCCCCAGCUGGUGUGAUCGUAUUCUCUUCCGCACACAGCAAGACAUCAACAAGCAUGAGCGGAUGAAUCGUGAGGCCGAAGACGCGCGGAAACGCGACAAGGAGAUGCAAGAUCGGGGCUUGGACAAAGCAGUUGCAGACUAUAAUGUCUUGUUUGACUAUGAUCCAGAGGUCGACGGCUCUGUGGACGGCGAUGGUUAUGAGUCCGAUGCUGAUAGCGCAGGAGAUAACACAACGUCGCCCAUGCAAGAAGAGUCAGAGCCGGAUCCAAUUCAUCAGCAUCAUUACGGCUCAUAUCAGGGCAUCCUUUCAUCCGAUCACAAGCCUCUGAGUGCCAAUUUCACGCUGACCUUCGAUGCGGUUGAUUCAAGACUCAAGGCAAACGUGCAUCAAGAGGUUGUCCGUGAGCUAGACAAGGCCGAGAACGAGGCACGACCAGGGUUGACGGUUGUUGUGGACACCCACAUUGAUGAGAAAGGAUCAAAGCACGACCCCAAUAUGGUCUCUUUUGGCGAAGUCAAAUAUGACGUUCCGGUUCAUCGAAGUCUAACCGUGGCGAAUACCAGCGGUGCUCCUGCCAAAUUCUCAUUUGCCGAGCAGGUUGGACACGAUAACAACUCAGAUGAUUCUGCAAGUUGGUUGGACGUUCAUAUUCAUCAUUCUACCGACGCUGAGCCAAGUCUGGGGGUGUCAUCAAAUCCCCACAAUUCCCAUACUUUGCAUCCCGGAGAAGUGGCUCAUAUUGAUGUCACUGCACAUGUUCGCAGUAUUGAACAUGUUCGUCAACUGAACAAGCACAAAGCAAAACUUGAGGAGAUUCUCGUUCUCCACGUGGACAGUGGACGGGAUCACUUCAUCUCAGUCUGCGGCAAAUGGAUGCCGACUUGCUUCGGAUGCAGUAUAGAGGAAUUAACCCGUAUGCCUGAGCAGGGUGCUAGAAGCCAAUUACGCGACAGUGAGAUACGGAACGACAAAGAAACCGAAGAAGUUCGACUUUCGGCUCCACGUGAGCUUUUCCGACUGACGGAAUGUAUUUCAGACUUGGCAGAGCGUGCCGUGGCAGAAUGGAGCAUGAUGAAAGGUGAAUCAGAGGAAGAACAGCCGCCAUGGAGCAAGGAGCCAGCUGGUUUCGCGUGGCCCUUCCAGCCAGAGACAUGGACUCUUACAGAUCCUCACACUCGCGCGUCCCUUCUUACUUCUGUUCGAGAAUCACUCGACACCAAUGAGUCCUUUUCGAGUGCCUUCACUCCCGAAAUUUCGUCUUUACACCGGCUUGAGGUCAUGGCAGAGACUCUUUUAUCUUUCCUUAAUUCAAUUAGCGACGGCGUCGUCACAGCAAGCGUGUGGCAUAAAAUGGAACAACAAAUCAUCUCUCGCGAGAGAUCCAAAGCGCCAUCCUUGUCAUGGGAGGAGACACAAGCAUGGGUUCUUGAGAGCUUAGCUUAUUCUCCUGCGCACAGCGUCUCCUUCACAUUUGUCACUUUCAUGCUGGCGCGUCUCGCUAAUGAAAUUGCACCUGUUCCAUCGGCUGCGCGGUCACAUGCAUCCCUUCGGAGGACCAAAACAUCAAGUGAGGAAUCCACGCCAACCAGCGCUUCGUCUCGGGAUUCACGUCAGCGAUCGUCAUCGCACUCAAGUUCGCCAUUUGGCAUUCAGGCUUCUUCGGCCACAGCGAAGGCCCUCGUCUCGGGAGGAAGCUUGAGGCGCAAAUCUCGCUUUGUAGAUGCGGACCCCGAAUCUACCGCUGUAGCCGAAGCAGCAUCACGUCGUGAGGCCGUGGAGACAGCGCUAGCUGAAGUAUUCUCGAGAGCCUUGAUAUCAUCGGACGUUCCUCUUCCUGCAAGAGAUAAGGAUCGACGCGCUUCAGACGAGCGCAAGAGAAGCAUCAUCGAGCCAUUCUUAAAGAUGGUCGGUGUCGAUGAGCGAGGCCCAUCAGGCGGGCGAUGA